UUUCUUUUUCCGGGAAAAGUUAGCGAGACAACGGUUGUAGUUGCAGUCAUACCAAGGAUUGAAAAUGGAAAAGGGAAUGUUUAUUAAAAUUGCGGCAAAGAUGGGUAUUACGUCGACAAAAAUAUUGAGCCAAGCAGAGGAAUACGUGAGGAUGUGCCAAGUCAAAUGCACCGGACUCAGAAACUUAACAGUGACAAGUAAGGCUGUCAUAUGCCUCGACCUGGCCGCGACGGCCAUGAGAUUUCCCCUGGACAAAGAAUAUGUCGUCAAACUGUCAGGGUUAAAUAAGAAAAGUUAUCAGAGCAAUUUAAAGUCUAUGGAGUGUAUGCUGGGCUUGGAAUCACGUCUGGGACUCCGGGACCUGGCCGUGCAGUAUGGAUGCACCGGGGCUGUAAAGGCGGCCGCAACGAUGUUGAAAAGAUAUGAAUACAGUCUCCCGGAAGCACAGAAGCAGGACAUCGACCUGUCAAAACCCCUGUUCACAACAGCAGCCUUAUUCGCUGCCUGCAAAUGCAUGAAAAUCAAAGUGGACAAGAAAAUGGCAGCCUCGUCGGGAGCCAAAAGGGGGAUCUUCGACCGGCUGUGUGCCCAGCUGCAGAAGCUGGGGCAGGAUGCCUGCAGUGAGACAAGUCCACAUAAGGAGUCAUCCAGGACGCUUCAGAAAAGGCCAAAAGCACUGCGAGAGCUCUUUGAGCAGGAAGAACAAGAGGACGAGCCAUUAACUUCCCCGAAGCAACAGAAAUGUGACCAAGAAACAUGUGAAAAAGAAGACUAUGAAGAAUGGAAGAGGAGAAUUCUGGAAAACGCAUUGAAGGCCAGGAAAAUGGACGCAUAACUUUCCAUAAUUUUAAUUUGUGCUUUUUAAGUUAAAGGUACAAUAGGUAAUUUCGGACUUCUAAUGGUCAAGAGAGGAAUAGCAGCAACAAUCUCUUCCCUUCUCUGUGAAUGCGCUGACAUUGAAACGCCAUUGGUUGUGGCAAUUAGAACCAAUUUUCAACCAAUGAGUUUGAAUUAUUGUACAGCUAUAUGAUGUUUCAGUACAGAGUGCCGGCCUGUCAACUGCAUCUUUUCAAACCCAAAUUUAUGGAUUAUAAACACAGGCAGGCAGAGGGUGAGUCAACAUGUCAGAGAGCCUUUUUCAAAGAUAGGAAGCGAUUUACAAUGGUCUUGUAACAAUGCUUUAACACAAAAAUCUUACCUAUUUUACCUUUAAAUGUCUAGUUUAUUCAUUUUUUGUGUUUGAAGGGUGAUGUGCCAAGUUUGACCUAAAGUGUAGCUAAGGUCAAAGCUAAUUGUGGUUUCAUUAUAGUAAUGGAAUUCAUGAUCGGAAUUGCACAGUGGUGAAUUAUUCAAUCCUUUUUAUCGGAAAUUGCAAUUGUGAUGUACAUAUAUUUUGUAUUUUUUUAAUUGUAAUUUUAUUUUAUAAGUGCUUGCAUCCAGCAUUAAAAUUGAUGUGCUAGAUCUCAAGCGGUUUCCUUUCCAUUCAGCAUUUGGGCUAAUGCCAUCUUUCACGAUGGUUUGAGGUAGUUAGAGUACAUCUUGGGAAAGCCAUUUGCCUGUUCAUUGAAUUCAGGGAAACAUUUGGUGUCCUUUAUAGUUGUUGAAUUAAACAAUUUUAAGUUGAAAGAA